AUGGAGAAAACAAGCAGCGAUUCCCACCACGUCGAGGGCGUGAGCCCAAAUCUUGAAACCGGGAAGACGGACGCUUUCUACGUCGAAGAUCGUGUUGCUCAUCUUUCAGAGGAACAUCGACAAUAUCUUCUUGCGAGACAUGGCACGCUAGAUCUUGAUCCGAUCCCUGAUAUGAAUGAUGCCGAUCCUUAUAACUGGUCUACAUGGCGGAAAACGCUAAACCUCUCUCUAGUCGUCUUCCACGCUAUGAUCGGUCUCUUCACGGCCGCCUCAAUCCAAUCCGCUUUCGUAAAUAUCUCAGCCGACCUCGGGGUGAGUAUGCAGCGAACAAGUUAUCUUGUCUCACUCUUCAUCGCUGUGCUGGGUGGCGCACCGCUCUUUUGGCGACCUUUGAGCAACAGAUUUGGUCGCAGACCCAUCUUUCUCAUCUCAUUGAUCUGUGCGCUUGUUGGUAAUAUCGGUUGCGCGGAAAGUCACUCGUAUGCCACAAUGGGUCUUUGUCGUGCUAUCACCGCAUUCUUCAUUUCACCCGCCGCAGCUAUUGGCAGUGCUGUUGUCGCCGAGGUGUUCUUCAAGAAGGACCGAGCACGUUGCAUGGGGUAUUGGACUUUGAUGGUGACGAUCGGCGUUCCGAUUGCGCCCUUCUUAUUUGGAUUUGCGGUGAUGAGGGUGGGAUAUCGAUGGAUUUAUUGGACACUUGCCAUCGUCAACGGUAUCCAGUUCAUUGUCUACCUCCUCUUCGGCUCCGAAUCCCUCUACCUCCGCAACGAAACGGCCAGAAGCAACGUCACAAGCGUGAAGGAAAGCAUGUUCAAAUUCCGACGCAUUGAUCCGGCACCUUUGCGAUUGUGGGACUUCAUCCAGCCACUCAGCUACGUCAUGAAGCCCUGCGUGAUGAUACCUGCUGCCGCCUACGCAAUGAUCUUCCUCUGGGGCAGCAUCAUGCUCACGAUCGAAAUACCGCAGAUAUUCCCCGAGCAGUUUGAAAUGAACACGCAACAAGUCGGAUUGCACUUCCUGGGUAUCAUCAUUGGCUCAGUACUGGGUGAACAAGUUGGAGGUUUGAUAUCCGAUCGGUGGAUGCAACUGCGCCAGAAGAAGGGUGGACAGUAUCCGGAGCCGGAAUACAGACUAUGGUUGAGUUAUAUCGGUCAUGUGUUGACAGUUUGUGGCGUUGUCGUGUUCUGCGUACAGUUGGGCAAGGCUGGUGAUAAGUGGAAUAUCACCCCUAUCAUUGGAGCAGCAAUUGCAGCUGGUGGUAAUCAGAUUGUCACUACGAUCAAUAUUACCUAUGCCGUGGACUGCUAUCGCACAGAUGCGGCGAGUGUAGGCGUUUUUAUCACAUUUGUGCGACAGAUUUGGGGGUUCAUUGGUCCUUUUUGGUUUCCGCAGAUGUUCGAAACAGUUGGAUGGGGUGGUGGCGCUGGAAUUGCUGUGGCAUUGAUUUUUGCUGUCAGCAUUUUGCCUACUGUCCUUUUGCAAUGGCGUGGGUCCAAGUGGCGUGCCUAG